AGGAACUGAGGAUGGAGACCAGGGAGGACCAAUGCCCGGGGCAGAACCUCAUGGAAGAGCCCAUUUUGGGCAGCUUCGCAGUGCAGGAAUCCAAUGGGGAGGAAAAGCCCCAGAGGUCCCAGAGGAGAAGGGACACCAAUCCCAGCCCAGGUUGCUCUGAGGGGGAAAUACCAGUCCUGGGCCAGGAAGGUGGACAGAGCUUCAGCCAGAGCUCAGAGCUGGUGGCCCAUGAGCAGCUUCAUGAGAGCAAGAGGCCCUUUGAGUGCUUGGAGUGUGGGAAGAGCUUCAGGAAGAGAUUCAACCUGAUCUGCCACCGGAGGAUCCACACUGGGGAAAGGCCCUAUGAGUGCUUGGAAUGUGGGAUGAGCUUCAGCCACAGGUCUGACCUGGGUGUCCACCAGAGGUUCCACACCGGGGAGAGGCCCUACAAGUGCCCUGAGUGUCAGAAGAGGUUUCACACCAGGUCCCACCUCCUUGUACAUGAGCGGAUUCACAGAGAGGAGAGGCCCUUCCGCUGCCCUGACUGCGGGAUGGGCUUCAAACACAACUCCACCCUCGUCACCCACCGGUGCAUCCACUCUGGGGAGAAGCCCUACGAGUGUCCCCAGUGUGGGAAGAGCUUCUCAGACCGCUCGUUCUUUACCCGACACCAACGGAGGCACUGGUAAGGGAAACCCUGCAAGAGCCCCGACUGCAGGAAGAGCUUCGUGUGCUGCUCCAACUCCAUCCCCAUCAGAGGUCCCACAUUAGUUAGAGCCCUGGUGAUCCACAUUCCCUUUGAUACGCAGUGGGAAGUGGUUGAUGUUCCUUUUUCUUUGCCUCUCAUUAUCUUUUGAUUUAUCUCUCUCCCUUCAAAACAUAGAAAAUUGGGGUAAAAGUCAACAAAUUCAA